AUGGAUUAUUUUAACACUGUACUCCCCGCGGACUCCGUUGAAUUUUGCCCUCACACACUCGCAACCACCGUCUUUGUCUGUGGGACAUACAAACUCGAACAGCCUACGCCUGUAUCUCAGUCGAGCGAAGAGAACACCGCACCGGCGGCACCGCAAAAACGAGUGGGGAAAUGUCUUGUUUUCCAGGUCAAUGACGACAAGAAGAGCUUAAUGUGCAGGUGUCAUACUUCUGCUUCCCGAUCCCCACUACUCGCAAUAGCUGAUUCAGAAGGCCAUUUAACACUGAGUGAAUGGGACAUCAAUCAGGGGCAUUUGAACAACAUUGCCAAUAUCGCUUGUGCAACGUCGGAUGUACUUUGUUUGUCCCUCGACUGGUCGAAUCGCAGAUCACAUGUGGAUACGAUCGGCUCUGUGGUCGUCUCUCUAUCUAAUGGAAAGCUAGCAUUGCUGAAGCCAGAGAAUGCGACGGGGCUAUCAGUAACAGACACUUGGAUUGCCCAUGAAUAUGAGCCGUGGGUCGCAGCUUGGAACUACUGGGAUACUAAUGUUAUCUAUUCUGGAGGGGAUGACUUGAGAAUGAAGGCAUGGGAUAUUCGUCAAGGCUUUAAUCGCCCAUUCUCUAUCAACAAGCACAGGUUUAACGCAGGAAUAACAUCUAUACAAAGCCAUCCACAUGUUGAACACGUUGUCGCCGUCGGAAGUUAUGAUAACACUGUUCGUAUAUACGACAGCCGCAAAUUGUUAACUCCCCUCGUGCAGGUAGACGUCGGAGGAGGUGCUUGGCGGAUAAAAUGGCAUCCUUCUGUCCGAAGACAGCACGAUCUUCUUGUUGCUUGCAUGCAUAGUGGCUUCAAAGUCGUCAAGCUCGCUGACACGUGGACAAACAUUGGCGAGUUAACGGCCACGCCAGGCGAGAGUUGGGAGAUCAUGCAGAGAUUUGACAAGCAUGAGUCGUUAGCAUACGGCGUGGACUGGUCCCACGCUGAAGAUGUGAAGCACCAAGACAAGGUACAAGAAACGCUCAUUGCAAGCGCAUCGUUUUAUGAUUGUGCGCUGCACCUUUGGAGCGGGUAG